GUGCUACGACCCAGGCUGAGAAACGCGCCGCGUGCCCUCCCCCCACGACCUGCGCCGCGUAGCGCCCGGCGGAAUCUCCCGCCAAAGCUGCCCCGCCCGCCAAGGCGCGACCUAUCUGCGUCGCCAGGGCCCGCGGCAGGCCGGCCGCCUCAAUGUCAGGGGUGGGGGGGCAAUUUUUUCCUCAGGGCUCUCCUCAUUCUGCGGCGCCCAUCCGCCUACCGAGCCGAGCGCCGGGCAGUCGGGCCUCCUGGCGGCCCGCGAUCCUAACGCCUGGGCCCAGCUCCAGUCGGCCCGCGAGGCGCGCGCAGCCGGGGUGGACCCCUGCGGCGUGGCCCGAUGGUCUCGCCCGACGCGCGCGCGGGAGGCCGAGGGGCGGGGCCUGGCGCCCACAUAAAGGCGGUUGGGGGCGGGGCGCGGAGAGCCCGUGAUCGCCGGCGCGGGCGCACUGUUCGCUGUCUCGGCCCGGGGCCUGCCCUACCGUGCGCGCCCGGCCCGUGCCGCCAUGGCCUGCCGCCCGCGAAGCCCGCCCAGGUCCCAGAGCCGCUGCGACGGCGACGCCAGCCCGCCGUCCCACGCGCGAUGGAGCCUCGGACGGAAGCGCAGAGCCGACAGCCGGCGCUGGAGGCCGGAGGACGCCGAGGAGGCCGAGCACGGCGGCGCCGAGCGCAGACCCGAGAGCUUUACCACUCCUGAAGGCCCUAAACCCCGUUCCAGAUGUCCUGAUUGGGCAAGUGCAGUUGAAGAAGAUGAAAUGAGGACCAGAGUUAACAAAGAAAUUGCAAGAUAUAAAAGGAAACUCCUCAUAAAUGACUUUGGAAGAGAGAGAAAAUCAUCAUCAGGAAGUUCUGAUUCAAAGGAGUCUGUGUCUACCAUGCCGGCUGACUUUGAGACAGAUGAAAGUGUCCUGAUGAGGAGACAGAAGCAGAUCAACUAUGGGAAGAACACAAUUGCCUACGAUCGUUAUAUUAAAGAAGUCCCGAGACACCUUCGACAACCUGGCAUUCAUCCCAAGACCCCUAAUAAAUUUAAGAAGUAUAGUCGACGUUCAUGGGACCAACAGAUCAAACUCUGGAAGGUGGCUUUGCAUUUUUGGGAUCCUCCAGCUGAAGAAGGCUGUGAUUUGCAAGAAAUACACCCUGUAGACCUUGAGCCUGCAGGAAGCAGCUCCGAGCCCCAGACAAGCUCUCAGGAUGACUUUGACAUGUACUCUGGCACACCCACCAAAGUCAGACACAUGGACGGUCAAGCGCAGGACGAGUUUGAUUUGGAAGCUUGUUUAACUGAACCCUUGAGAGACUUCUCGGCCAUGAGCUAACUGCCACCUGGCGGCCGGGAAGAGAGACAGCUCCUCCCAGACCCGGUGGAAGGAAGGCCAGGCGCCAAGCAUGUGUGUGCACUUGUACCUGGUGGUCUCUGUUAGUAGUCCAUUAUUUCAUGAUGAAUUUUUAUUUUUGCCUUACUUUCUUAAGAAACGUUAAUUUUAUGUAUAGUGAGUGUAGUUUGCAUGUUUUUAAAUUGUAACGAGCUAAAUCCAAGCAACAUUAUACGUAAAGCAAUCUUCCGGCAGGCGCAGUUGCCUAGUUCCUGUCGUCCUCCAGGACGAGCAGACAAGUAUACUGAACUGGCUUUCCACGGUCUUGAGUUGCUGCUUGUGAGAGGAAUUGUUUUGGAUUUAACCAUGUAAUCCGUGGACCACUUGAGAGUCAGCUCCUUUUAUAAGCACCAAAGUGUUCUCAGUCAGGCACAUUAAUAUCUUCAUGGAGACUUCAUUUUUGGCCUUUUAUCAAUAUGUCACAGCAGAGCUCUGAAGUCAGACAUUCUUAAAUUCAGCUGUUAAACUAAUGGGUUUUAUGUAAAUUAUACAGUCUUAAUUUGGUACUUGUAAAUAGCACUAGUCAGGCUCUUUAUAAUACUCGAGUUGGGGCAGCAGAACAUUGUAAAACAAUCAGUUAAGUUAUCUGUAAAAUUGCUGUAAAUGAUAAUGUGUACAGAUUUUCUGUUUAAAUAUUAAUUUGUAAACUUCUUGUUAUACUGUUAUGUUUCUAUUGCUUUUGUAUGGAUAUUGCAAAAAUAAAAAGAACCCUCUUUAACUGA